UCUUCUUUUUUUUCGAAGAGUUCUUGUUAUUUCUCUCAAAUCGUUUUGAUAACUGUUAAAUGUUUUAAAACAUGUAGUCGUCCCAACAAAAACGGAUUCAUCUGGAGAUAAAGUGCGCUAUCUGACCCGGGUUUUAGCAAUGAUGUUGUCGGUCUGUGGCAAAUUAACGGCAGCCAAAGCGGAACCGAAAAGCUUUUAACGUUUUUAGACGGUACGGUUAUGUGAAGGGACUGUAUGUUCAUCAGCUGAUCCAUCUCGACAAAAGAUCAUGAGCAAAGACUCCCAGAUGAGGGCUGCAAUUAACCAAAAGCUGAUAGAAAUGGGGGAACGGGAGCGGUUGAAAGAAUUGCUCAGGGCAAAGCUGGUGGAGUGUGGAUGGAAGGAUCAGCUGAAAGCACAGUGCAAAGAUGUGAUCAAAGAAAAGGGUCUGGAGCAUGUCACAGUGGAGGACCUGGUCACAGAAGUCACACCAAAAGGCAGAGCACUCGUACCAGACAGUGUGAAGAAAGAGCUCCUGCAGAGAAUCAGAGCUUUUCUAGCUCAACACGCAACCUUGUGAAUGAGACCAUUCCCGUCUAGACAUUUUUUUACUCACUGUAGAGCCACAAUUAAAAUCCAAAUUGUUCUCAUUGUGAGCGAUACUGAAGUGUUAUUUUUAUUUUGUAUUGUGUGUUUUCAUAUUGAUUUUAGUUUGUUAUGCAUCAGUUUUGGAAAAAAUAAAUAAAGUCAUGCCUAUUUUGGUCA